AGUGGCGGCGCGCCGCUCCCCGCGAUCGGGAGCGCCAUGGAGACGUGGGUGCGCUUCAGCGCGCAGAGCCAGGCCAAGGAGCGGCUCUUCAGGGCCGCGCAGUACGCGUGCACGUUGGCCGGGGACGCGCUGCGGAGGAACGGGGCGAGCCCCGCACUGCUGAGCAGCGUGAGGCGGCUGGAGGCGCACCUCAGCCUGGGCCGGAAGCUGCUGCGCCUCGGCAGCUCGGCCGACGCUCUGGAGGCGGCGAAGAGAGCAAUUCACCUGUCCGACAUGGUGCUGCGCUUCUGCGUCACCCUCAGCCACCUCAACAGGGCCAUGUACUUCGCCUGCGACAACGUCCUGUGGGCGGGGAAGGUGGGGCUGGCGCCCGGCGUGGACCAGGAGAAGUGGGGGCAGAGAUCCUUCAGGUGAGGGGUGGGGGGCGGCUGAGCAGCACAGAAGGGGUGGCCAGCAGGGACAGGGAGGGGAUCGUCCCCCUCUGCUCUGUUCUUGUGAGCC